UCUGGAAAUGGAAACUUGGUUACUUUAAAUUUUAUUUAGAAUUAUUAAUGUGGCCCGUAACGUUGCAACUUGGAAAAAUGUUGGGAAACGAUUGUGAUAACGAACUGACACGUGAUGAAAAAAGACCCUUACUUACCAAAAUCCGGCAUGAAGCACAAAAAUUGUCCAUUAAAGGCUCCAUCCUACUUCAUACUUUUGUAAUUUUCUUCGGGAUCAGUUCGUGGCUUGGAGUGAAUGCGACUUACAUUCAACUUCCCUUGUUGGUGACAACGGCUCCGGAGCAAUGGUCUCUUCCGUCGUUCAUCGUGAUCGUGAUUCAACUCGGAAAUGUCGGUGCCCUUGCGUACAGUUUCCUGCAAAAAUGGAUCAAAGAUGCGACAGCGAUAACGAUCGUACUGGCAUUAGGCAUGAUCGCGUCGCUGCUAUUUACAUUCACGUACAACCAAACGGCAUUUCUCUUUGGCAAAGAACGGAGUGUGACGUUGCUCGUUCUUAUCUUCGUUUUCGCGAUCGUUGGGUGUGUCAGUUCCGUGCUGUUUCUGCCGUACAUCGGAAAGUUCAAGGAAGUUUAUCUCGUUACGUUUUUCAUUGGCGAGGGAUUGAGCGGGCUACUUCCGAGUCUUGUGGCUUUACUUCAAGGCGUUGGCGGCGAUCCUGUUUGCGGUAAAAAUGGAACGAUUUUGACGCCUCCUCAACCGGCUUUUGGGGUUCAAACGUAUUUUGGAUUUGUUUCGAGUAUUUUUCUACUGAGUGUCGUUUCGUUCUUGUGUUUGCAUUUGAUGCCACACUUUAAUGGCGAACGAGUGCAACAUUUUACGGAAAUUGAUGAUUCUUACAAUGCGACAAAUACGAGGACUUUGUCGAGAUUCAACUAUGUGUAUUGCCUCGUGCUGCUGGGCGUCGUUUGUAUGUUCACGAAUGGCCUGUCGCCAAGUAUUCAGAGUUAUUCGUGUUUGCCAUAUGGGAGCUUUGCAUAUCAUUUAACCGUCACCUUAACCUCAAUCGUGAAUCCAACGGCGUAUUUUGUCGCUUAUUUCAUCCCACAUAAAUCAAUACGCAUUAUUACCGGUCUGGCACUUGUGAGUGUCGUUUUUGUGGCAUAUGUGUUUGCUACAGCAUUAAUUACUCCCACGCCGUUUGCAGGAACGACAAUUGGAGCCUUUCUUGUGGUAACUUCAUGGGUCUUCCUCGUGGCGAUUCAAAGUUUCAUCCGUUUAGCAAUUACGGCAAUUUUUCGCGACAUCGCAGGACGUUCUCUCAUCUGGAUUGGCAGCGUCACGCAAUUAGGAUCCUUCAUCGGGUCAUUAUUGGCAUUUGUCUUAAUUAACUUUACCGAACUAUUUAGACAAAUAGACCCGUGUGCCAUGCCAUUGCCAAAACAAUGAAUUUCCAUUUGAAAAUUUCGGUUAAAAACAAUAAAUGUAAAAUUUUUGCGAAAAUUUAUCCCCAUUCACCGCACAAUAAAUCUCUGCAUAAAUUAUAAAUCAAUACAAAUUAAACAAAGAAAUGUCGGAUUUACUCUGCAGACCGCCACACGAACGCGCAUAUACGACAAAAAUUCAUCCUGCUGGGAUUUGUAAUUAAUUGGUUUUUUGUUUGUCAAUUGGAUCACAAAUAAUAAAUGGAAUAAGGUAUGCCACUGUGCCAAUUAUUAUUUUACGUUUUUUUUUUUCGGCAUGUGCGCCACAAUACAAUAUUAUUUGUCAAUAUCCAAUUUAAUUGUAUGUUAAUUUUGUAAUAAUAAAAGUUAAUGUUUAAAAUGCAUGUAAUGCACUCGCUCGUUCGUUCGUUCAUCGGAUGCCACACACGUACCUACUCAAAAAUUAACAAGGAUUUAUUUUUGUAUAUUUUAUCGCGGGACAAAAUUAUUAUUAUUAUUAAUAUUUAAUUAAAUAUAAGAGUGUUACAAUAAUUAUUAUUUAUCCGUAUUUUGUUGUAAUAUUUUUCGAUAUGAUGUUUUUGAUAAUUAGACACAAAAUUAUU